AUGGACCGUUUCGAAAUUCAACUCGACCACCCUGCUGCCACCUACUUCCCGGGUCAACGAGUAACCGGAACCCUUAUUUUCAACACCAAAAAGUCUCAAAAUGUUGAAGCAAUCAAUAUUCGAGUCAACGGAGAGAUCAGCGCUGGAUGGAAACAUUACAAUCAACUCUUCCAGGAGCACAUCAUGUAUGCGUCGAAAAUGGUUAAUCUAGAUGGGUUGGAGCAACCAGUCAUUGAAAAAAAUGUGAUCCCCCAAGGAGACCACUCUUACCCAUUCUCUUUUCCCAUUCCUGCUGAUUGCGUUCCAAGUUUCGAAGGGAAGAAUGGAGCGGUUCGAUACAAGAUCCACGUGGAAAUUUUGAGAAUCAAGAAAUCGAAAAUGGAGGUGGAAAAAGUGUUUUCUGUUCUGCCAUACGUGGAUUUGAACAAUAUUCCGAGAGCUGGACUUCCGUUGGAAGAUAUUAUGUCUUGGUUGCCAAAGAAAAAUACGGAAGUGAAAGUUAAGUUUUAUAUUCCCAAGCGUGGUUUCGUAGCUGGAGAUACUAUCCCGGUAUCCGUAGAUAUUGAAAAUGGAUCUUCCUCAAAAAUCAAAGAAAUCACGAUGAAAUUGAUCCAAAUCAAUCAUUUCGAAGCUCAACAACAGACUUCUCACACCGCCAAAGAGUUCUUCAGAUUCAAUCGAAAAAAUAUUGAAGAAGAAAUUUCAAGCAUUCAGAAGAAGUGUGAAGUUAAGGAACACCUCGAAACACUUCGCUUCGAGUUGCCCAUUCCAAAAGAAACGAGACCAACAUUCAAGACGAAACUCAUUCAUUUGGCUUAUAAAGUUGCAAUUUCUGUCGGGAAUGACAAGAAAUUGGAGUGCGAGCUUCCAAUUAUUCUUGGCACUGUGCCUGUUCAACCAAGGCCACCAAGUUAUUCUGUUGCUGUGGGAAUGAGUGGACCACCAUGUUAUGAAGAGUAG